AUGAGGGAUAUUUACACAGCUUCGCCUGGGCUUCCUCAGGAUUUAUCAUGUCGUAAACAAUUCGUAUUAAAAAAUGAAUCCCAAAAAUUACCGGCUAUUCAGGAAGAUUCAGAAGCAUGUUUACCUCCAAUUGCUACAUUUAGCCAUCAUCGACAAAACCGUACUGGUCCUUGUUCCUCCUAUGUUGGUAAGUCAGUGAAAUCGGUUGGUCGGAAGCAUCAAAAGCAAUCAAGAUCUAGACGUGCUGAGAAUAAACUUUACUGCAAUUGGCCACAAUGUCCGCGAUUCCUUCUAAAGCAGCCUUUUAAACAAAUGACUCAUUUGAAACGUCAUUUACUUUUACAUAAAAAUCAUCUGAAUCUAUCGUGUUCACAGUGUGGAAAACGCUUUAGUUCGAAAGAAAAUCUUAAAAGGCAUACAAAUGUACAUUCAGGUUUAAAACCAUAUAUGUGUUCAAUUUGUCAUCAAGCGUACUCCAGAACAUCAGAAAGAUCCAGGUGUAUGAAGAAGCAUCAUUUUGAAGAUAAAUAUUUAUCUGAACAGGAUAAACAAUGUUUGUAUAAAGAUGUUUAUAAUGAUUGGGAUUCUUCUGGUUUAUCUGCUUUACAAAUCGAAGAUAAAAUUAAUCAAUCUCGUCCAAGACCAUAUAUCUGUCAAAUAUGUAAUGAUCAUAGAGCGUAUACAGAUCCAAGUUCACUUAGAAAACAUAUGCGCUCUUAUCAUGCACACUUGAAAGAUGAAAAAUCUAUAACUAAUAAUGAUUCUACCAAUGAAUCUGUUAUGUCUAAAUCAAAAUUAUCUAAAACUCUUCCAUGUGAAGAACCUAUAAGUCUUGUACUCGCUAAUUCAACCACUGAUAUAGACACAGUUGAUUCAUCUCAUUUGUCAUUUGAUAAUUCAUUCACUCCAGAAUCUAAAUCAUUAAUGCUUACAAGUGAAUCAGUUUGUCCUAUGAUUAUUACUCCAUAUAAUGUUUUAACAACGUCUAUGACAUCAUCAGAGAUACCUGUUACUACUAAUGUUAUGAUUUCUUUUAAUAAUAAUAAUAAUAAUAAUAAUAAUAAUAAUAAUAAUAAUAAUAAUAAUAAUAAUAAUAAUAAUAAUGUUAUCACGGAAUCAAAUAUUUCAACAAAUAUUGUUACUACACCUAGGUAUCAUUUAUUAUUAACGUCAGAUUCUGUUGUAUCUUCAACAAUGAUGACGGUGAUUUCAAUGACAUCAACCACUACCACUAGUACUGCUACUACUACAUUAAGAAAUGAAUAUGAUAGCGAUGUUGCUGUGGAUUUAUGUAAUUCAGCUUUAUGCCUACAAGUUUAUUCCGAUAAAACAUAUACCCCUGUAUCUUCGUCAGAAUUAGGAAGAGUUGAUUCAUUAACUCUACCUUUAUCAACAGUGAACUCAUCUAACAGCAUUGUACCACAAUAUUUUACAGAAACUAAUCGAAUUAUUGACAAUGGUCUUUCAUCUAAAAAUUUAUUUUAUUCAAAUUCUGGUCUUGAUCUUACUGAUACACAUUAUUUUACAUUGACAGGGGCUACUGAAGCGAUAGAUUUAUCACUUGAUCCUUCUGUAGAUAUAAUAACUGUAAAUCCAAUUGAUUUGAGUUCCUCACAACAUUGUACAGCAUUGUUUUUUGAAUCGUCAAAUGAAUGUACCGAUAAUACAUUCUUUACAACACAUACAAUAUGGGAUCCUGAACCAGGUUUCAGUUUUACCGACCUCUUACUUACUAAUAAUGAUGAAGAAUGCGAAACGGAAUUCCCUGAAGUUAUAAUUUACCCUGAAAAUGCUAUUUAUCGUUCAAACGAAACGUUAACUUCUUUUACUACAACUAGCCACAAUGAUACUACUAACAAAUCCGUGAUCAGUAGUGAACUGAAAAUACCAGAUACACAUAUCUCAUCAAUGAAUAACUGUUAUAUUCCAUCAGAUACACUAACGACGACAAUAGAAACAACCUUAACUGGAGGAGUCGGUGGAGAAGGAGGUUAUAACAUACAACCACCACCUUUAGACUUACGCUUAAUACAGUCCAAUAAUUUUUAUUCAUAAAAAUUAUCUUUUGUUUUAGAAGAAAACGGACAUUAUCCCUUGUGAAUAUUGUUCAUAUUUGCAUACGCUCUAGUAUUUCUUUUUAUCUUCACCAUUUUAUCUAUUCAUUUCACAGCGUUUUGUCUUCAAAAUGUAGUCUAUUCAUAUGUCAUAUUGUAUAUAUGCUAACAGAUUUCUAUUAUUUUCUUUCCUGGUAUAAAUAUAUACUUUCUUCGGAAAGUGUGUUAGGUCUUUUUUGACACUUAAAUAGGAAUUUUGUACUGUUUAUGUAUGUAGAUAGAAUUGAUUGAAUGCUUCUUGUUCUAAAAUUUGUUUGGUAAUGUUUGUCUAUGUGUGUGAUUUCCCUAUGUUACUCACUACUUACAGGUUUUAGUAUUCGGCUGUGAGUCACAUUCUGUUUUUGUGUGAACGUUGGUACUGCCAUUUAGCUGCCCAUGCUAAAGUAGAUGUAGGGAGGUUAGACUAUGUAACGCUAGCAUUUUAUUCACUUAAUCAACGCUCGUUUGUGUGGCCAAAUUGUUUCAUGACUGGAUAGUAUCCCUGCAGUCAAAUUUAAGAUUAUAUAAUGAUAUAACUCGUUAGUUUUUGUAUAGAAUCUAAUUUGAUAGAUUACAUAUGCUAUUUGUUGCAUAAUGGUACAUGUGUUAAUUUUUUUUAAAAAAAACGUGAUAUACGUCACCUUAUUGUAGAGUAAUCAGAAUAUUUUACUGAUUGUUUUUAAGGUAUUAACUCCUGGUAGAUUGUACUAUUUGUGAGUUCAUUCAUAAUCUUACGAAGUGCAACACUUAAUUUGGUCAUUUAUGCGAGCGCAUAAAAAUCUGGUUACAGCAUAGCACCAAAGAAAUGUAAUGCGCCACAUAAAGCAAGAAUAACCUUGUGAGGAAAACGGAGGACUUUAGAAGAGAAGAAAACAGUUCAUAAACAAAAUAAUUUACAAGAGCAGUGUGUAAUGGGAUAGACAGUUUAGUUAAAAAUAUAAAUGAUACAAUUUAGAAUUCUUUCGUUUAAAGGAGUUCCCCACACAUUUUUGAAGACUAAAAUAGCGUCACUAUUGGUUCUUUUUUGAGCCGUGUGUGGUAACGUCUUGAUUUACUGUGUUGCAUCAUCUGAACUCCGACCAGAGAGUCAUAUCGCAAUAUUUCCAUACCAUGACGCCAUGUCAUAGAUUAACCGUCUCUUGCUUUUGGGGAUCACUCUAAUUAAACGCAGAGAGCCGCUUGAGAUCUUCAAAUUGGAGAGGUUAGGUUUCAAGAGCACAGUAUAGAUUCACUCUCACCGAUACGUUGUAAACCCAAACCUUUACAGCUAGAAUAGCAUCAUGAAAGCUAUAUUUGUACAAGGCACUCUGACUUCCGCUAUUUGUAUACUGAUUUCAUUAGUCAGAUCACCAGCACUCACGCAACUACACAAAUUCAUGAACUUUCAGGCUUCUAACGGUAUAUUUCCAACAGUGAUUGCAGCCUCAGAUUACUGUUAGCCCUGAAAAAUACUUAACACCUCGAGGAUACAAAGUACCUACCAUACUUACUCAUACUGUGGUGAUAUAUAUAGGUACACAGAAAAGAUAGACUGCUAAAUCUACCAGGAAUAAGUAGUGUUAGGUUCUUAAAGUUUUCAAUUAAAUGUUCAAAAUAAUUUCUAAGGAGGGAAGGGAUAUCACUAGUUAACUGAUCUUCAACAGUAAGUGUGAAUGGCAUACUUUCAGUUUAACUGGCUAAACUAAUUAUGUGUUAGAUCAGAGUUGAACUUGAGACCGGAUUUCUGAUAUAUCAUUUCUUCUCAACAAUAAGCUACUUGGAUACUAUUGUAUCGACAGGUGUCUUAUAUUCCAAUUUAUUAAUAUAAGAUUAUAAUCAAAUAGUUGAUGUAAAAAAAUAAGAUUUUUAAAACGUUUGGCCUCACUUUUGUAGUUUAUUUUGUGUAGUUUAAAUGUUUGACCUCUUGAAAACCCGAAUUCUAUUUGAUUGGUUGUUAUUUUAUAGAUAUGAUUUAUGGCCUGUAAAUAAAACUGAACACAGAAUGAACUUGAUCUAGAUAACAUGACUAGAUCUAUUUUGAUUGCAUUAAAUAUUCUGCUUUUUUCUCUGUACUUUGUAAACUUGUGUUAAAUUUAUCUGGUUAUUGAUUUGUAUAUUCUCUGAAGAAGUGACCUACACUAAGUUGCAAAACGUCAUUAAUUCAAUUUCCGACUAAUAUGGAUAUUAAAAUCAUCUAUUAUUUUAUUGUCAUAAAUGGUACACUCAAUGUUCAGUUUAUCUAAAAAUAUGAAGUCAAUACUUGGUCAUAAACGAUAUGCACCAACUGUAUUGAUGUUGUUAAGUAACUUUAUUUGCACUUCUGUUUUUCGCCUCAAUGAUUUUUUGUAAAACUAUCAAUAACUGAAUAAAUGUUUACUUUUGUGAAUAUAUUCUACUUUUUAUCUGAAUGCAGAACUUGUAUUUUCAUUGCCUUUUUACUCGACGAGAAAUAAUCUUCAGUAUCAUAGUGCUUAGUAAGAGCCAAAACCUUACAAAUAUGUAUCACGCUUAAAUAUCUUAUGUACACCCUAGGAUAUCUUUAUAAAUCUAGUAUUUGAAAUAAAUGUAUAACAUGUU